AUGGAUCAAGAAAGUGCAAUGAUGAUUUUUUUAUCUUAUCAAAAAUUACGAAUGCCAACAUUUAGUGUUCGACAACGACGAACAGAAAAUCCUUUACGUGAACGUUUACUUGUUAGAAAAUUUAUUGUACAAUUAGAAAACUAUUAUUUUCAACAACAACAACAAUUUUCAAUGACAGCAACAGAUAAUGAACAAAUGGAAGUUGAUCAUGAAAUUGAAGAUGAAGAUGAUUAA